AUGAACGAGGACAGAGAGAUUUUAGAUGAGCGGAUUACCCGCGUGAAAGGCGACCAGGCGAAGUUGGGGGUCGACCUCUUUGAAUUGGACGGGGUUCAAUAUGUGAUGAUAAAGGACUUGGCCAAGCGGUGGAGAUACCCCUCAUCCUAUCAGUUGGUUGCACGAAUGGUCAAGAGUGGCGUGCCAAAGCCCAAAAUCUUGAAAACCGACACCGCCACCAACGAGGCUUUGGCGAAUCUAAAUUUGAUUCGAGUCGAAGAUGCGGACAAACAGUUAUUCUACACCGAGGCCUCGUUGGUUGUUUCCAAAGCCGACGACUUGAAGCCCCAGAAUUUUGAACAGCAGACUGCAAGCAAGGAAAGAGGAGAGCUGGCGAGGCCAAGGCCAGGGCCAGAGCCAAAGCCGAGGCUGAGGCCGACGAGCAUCAGCCAAGGAGACGAUGCAGCUGCCGAUGAUAUCAUCGAAGACGAAGAAGAGGACGAGGCUGACGAUUCGCCAGUAGAGCUUGGCGUCGAGGUGGAGAACCACCAGAGUGCAGCUGGACACAAGCAUCGGCACAUUCACAAACAUGCAGAUGACUUGAAGUACCGCAACGAGGACAAGGUGACGAUUAGCCAGGUCUUUCCCCAGUACGGUUUUGUUGAAUCAACCAUAGACUUGAGCCAUGCUCUGUUUGGGUCCCUCAACUCCAUGUCCAAGUUGGCUUUUUACAAGAACCUAUCGUCGGCAGGGCUCAAAUUUUUGCCAAACACAAAGCUCUCUUUCCCGGAAAGAGAAUUAAUCACGAGUGGCCACAGUUUCGCCGAUAUCAGUAUCAAUGAGGACAGCGAGCAGAGCGACAGACAGCGCGCAGUCAGGAAGCCGCUCGGAAAAUCAAAGAAGAACAACGUUCACGUUGACCCCAACACGGUGGAUUUGAGCGAGUCGGUCAUCCCGGGACAGGGAUACAUUAGCGAGUUUAGCAUCAACCACCUCUGCAAGGUCCCCAACUACUACGUGACGUCUAACCACCAGGCGAUACCUCAUUCAUUCAACGCCAAAAACUUGAACCCGACUUCUAACUCAUCGUUUCUCUUCAAUGAGGGGUGGGGAGGAGCUACAGGAGGCAGAGUGUCCAAGAACGUGCAGCAGUUGGCUUUCAACAAUGACAAUGACAACUAUUCCCCUUCGAAAUACUACUACACGAAAAGCUACCGAGGACCUGGCUCGGGAAACUACAAGGAUGCCGCUUUGAUGAACAAAAUCAACAAGAUACACACGACAGGCAGCAAGAAAAAGAGCCACAAGGCCAAAUUGUCGCUGCAGGGGAGAUACAAGGCCGACCUCAAAGGGUUGAUCCACCCGAGCUUCAACAAGGACUAUGUCGAGAGUCUUCUUGCCGACCAGCGCAAGUACACAGAGGACUACUCGAAUCUCGAGAUGUUGCACAAUAGCUUACAAUACAACGUGUUGCUCAACUCCUACCGAGAAAUAUCUCGCGAUACGUGGAGGGCAUACUUUAAGUUUAAGCUUUUCGAUUUUGAGCAGCUCAAAGCUCUACAGACGGAAAGAAAGGAGAUUGAGGAGAAAGAAGAGGCAAUCCAAGAGCGGAGAAGAUGGGCCGAGGAAGACAAGCUCCGCCAUGAACGGAUCCGCAUCUUGCGCGAGGACGAGCAGAAGCAGCUUGCCGAAGCGCAGCAGCUUUACGUGGACGAACGUCGAGAGAUCGAGGAGCAGAAACGACGCCAUCAAUUGGAGGCGUCGCUCAAUGACACGUUUGAGAGCCAAGAGGACGAAGACGAGUUUGCCGAAAAGUUGCAGCUACUCGAGUCCGAAUUUCAGGAGAAGAAGGAGAAAAUACUGCAGGAUUUCGAGAAAAAGAGACAGGUUUUGAUGGUCCCUUUGCCGCCGCCAAAAGUGGUGGAGACGCCGCAGCUAAAUGUGCUUGCAAGAUUUGCGUCGCCUGCAGAUCACCCGGAAAUCAUGAGGCAUUUGCCCACGAGUUUGAGAACAACCAAUGUCUCCGGUACAGAAAUUCCUCUGGUGAAAAAACCAAUACAGUAUGUGAGCACAUAUGCCCCGGAAUCCAACUCGACUUAUUUGACAAAGAUAGAGGUGGUAAAAUUGCCAAACUGCAACUCUAUUGGUUGGGAUAAUUUGAGGAAAUUCAAGUAA